AUGGCACCAGCAGCAACAGGACGGAGGCACAACCAAAAGCGGCAGGAGCACUCGUUAGUGUUCUGUCCAGACUGCGGGUCAUUGCUGGAUGCGCCCUCAGGGGCAGAGGACCAUGUCACCUGCGGAAUUUGUGGGGGUGUUGUCGUUUCUGAAGCUUUCGAGUCAGUGCAAGUCGUAACAAAAAGCCGACCAGACGCAUUCCCCGACCGACCAACGAUGAGGAAAAAGCUGGAGGAGGAGGAAUCAGGGGACCGGACGAGUCAACAUCUGAGGGACGGGGCUACGAUCAAAGAGAAAUGUCCAAAAUGUGACGCACCAGAGAUGGUAUUCCACACAGCGCAAUUGCGGUCCGCUGAUGAAGGGCAGACUGUGUUUUACAGUUGUGUGAAGUGCGGGUACGUAAACUACAAUAGAAGCUCUAACAUCCAACCCACCAUCUGA